UAUAACCUCAGUAAAACUUAGAAAUACUAACUGAGCUGAACUUUGGAAACGGUUUAAUGGACCAAUCAAAGCUCAUAUUUUCUCUCUUUUCUCUAACAGUUUUGAAACAGGGACGCUCUGACACCACUCAGACACGAUGGAUUUGAAUGAAAGUGAAACUUGCCCGGCUCCUGAUGACAGUGCAGGAAAUGUCUUCCUGCUGGUUUUCUUGAUGAUUGAGACCCUUGUGGGUCUUCCAGGAAGUAUACUGGCCCUGUGGAUUUUCUGUUGCUGCAUGAAGCUCUGGAAAGCCCACGUUAUUUUCCUUUUUAACCUGGUCCUGGCUGACUUCCUGCUCCUCAUCAGCGUGCCCUUCCGCAUUGACGCCUAUUGGCGAGGGGAUGACUGGACGUUUGGACCAAUCUGGUGCCGGAUUAACCUCUACAUGCUGUCUGUCAACCGGUCUGCCAGCAUCGCAUUCAUGACAGUUGUGGCCCUGCACCGUUACUUUAAGGUGGUCCACCCUCAUCACUACAUCAGCCGACUGACUUCGGCACAGGCGGCCAUGCUUGCAGGGCUGACUUGGGUUUGUGUGAUCAGCCUUCGGAUCCCACUGCUGACCGCUGAGCUCCUCCAGAAGAGAGCCAACAUCAGUUUGUGUCGCAGUUUUAACUCGUACCACGUCAUCCCUCUGCCCUUACAGGUGCACUACGUUGCUUAUGUGACGGAGUUCCUCCUGCCGUGGUUGGUGCUGCUCUUCUGCUCAGCCAGGAUUGUCUACCACCUCCACAAACUGCGACUGAACAAGGAGAAGGUCCGACGGGCCAUUCGAGUGGUGACAGUCAUCAGCAUGGUGUUCACCUUCUGCUUCCUGCCAAGUGUCUUCACUGGGCUGGUGGGCUUGUACAUCAAGACGUACCAUCCUACAGAGUGUGCCUCUUACAACCUGUGCAUUUAUCUCUUCAUGAUAUGCAUGGCCUUCACUUAUCUCAACAGUGCUUUAGACCCACUCAUUUACUUUUUCUCUAGCUCUUCAUUUCAGAAAGUCCUCAGAAACACUUUUAGCUGUGGUCAGUGCAGCCAAGCAGCAGCAGUGGAAGAACCAACGACUCAAAGACAAAUAAGAUAA